AUGGCAACAAAGACGCCGUCUCAAUUCGUCUUCCGCUAUCGCAGUAGCCGCGCCCGGCGCCACUCGCGGUCAAUGGUGCACUGGAGUUGGCUCCACGCGAUGGCCUACUCGUCUGCCGUCGUCGCAUCUAUUGUCUACAUGCACAAGCAGCUGACGAUCUAUUUCCACAGUGCUGACGCUCAGCAGGUGGACAACAAGCUGCUGUACGAUCUGUCGACAGUCGCUACCUCUGGCAUCAAGCAGCUGGACGGACUGCAUCUCGUGCUGUCGGACUUGGCGUCGACACUUCGCUGGCUGCUCGUGAUGCUGUCGCUUGCAGUCUGGCUCACCACGCUUCUCGUAUCCCGUCGGUGCCACUUGUACUCGCUGCUUUGCAUCGCGGCCACACGUCUCGGCUGCUACGUGCAUCGAUUGCGCGAGUGGAGUUGCAAGCAGCGACAUGGCGGCAAGCGCCGUCGCCAUCGCCACAAGCACAAGCAGGCGUCUUGUCUUCAUCAAUCGACAGCUUGUGUGGAGAACUGGAACGAGAUGGACGUGGAGAUCGACGAAGACGAUCUGCUGAUUGUGUCGUCGCUGUCUUCUGCGCCACGUCGCCACCGCAGUGUGGAAAAGCAAGCCAGUGACGUCGACGAACAUAGUGGACAGGGUCGCUGGUCUUCUGACGACACGGGAAGCGACAGUCUCGUUGGCUGUCGCGACACACGGGAACGAGCUGAAAAGAUCGUGCUGCAUCCACGGGAAGGUGCUCGAGGCGGACGACAUCAGAACAACCAGAUCAUCUCGAACGACUCGUACGUGAGCCGGUUGCAUUUCCAGAUCCAGUACGACCCAAUGGAGAAGGAAUACUAUCUCCAGGACCUCGGCAGCACCACGGGAACGUUUGUGUUCCUCAAGCCGGACGCACCCAAGCGUCUGCACGUGAACGACCGCGUGAAGUUGGGCGACACGGAGUUUGAAGUGUGUGCCAUCAACGAGACGAUCACGACCGGUAUGCCGUUCUUGCGCAUGCGCUUCACAGAGGGUCCACUCACUGGCAUCUGCCAGACGAUUGGCAAGACGUCCGUGACGCUCGGGCGGUACUCGAGCAACGCAUUGUGUAUCACCGAGGACGACUCGAUCUCAGGCAAGCACAGCGCGAUCUCGUACUUUGGCAAUGGGUUCUACAUCACGGACCUCCACAGCACGAACGGCACGGCCAUCCGUCUCAGCGGAAGUGGCAGGAAAAGCCGACGGCGCUAUCUGCUACAUGGUGACGUGUUUGGCGUGGGCUCGAAUCGGUUUAUGGUGGAAUACUCACACCAGUUGGCCGCCCAGCGUCGCCUGGCAAAGGUCAUCAAUGAGAGUCACGAAGACGAGGACGACCGACGUGCGGAAAGUGAGUCGUAG